GUGAAGUGAAUUCGGUUCGUCCUCAAGUUUUCUUUCUACCCAAAAAAAAAAAAAAAGCGUGUGGGAGACGACAUCUUUCAAACUGUGUCGAGGGCCGCCACGCAUGCUGAUUGAUUGAGUUAGCUGCUUAGACCCGGAGCCCGAAGGAUGGAAGAGGCGAAAUACAAGCAACAGCGAAAGAAGAACUAUAGAAAGAGAAGUGCUUCAAUCGAAGAGACGGAGGAUAAAGAAGGAGAGCAACCUAAAAGAGAAGAAUCCGAUGAUGAACGAGAAAGAAGAAUGGCAUUGGAAGAGAUCAAACUGCUCCAGAAGCAGAGGGAAAGGAAAUCUGGGAUUCCUGCGAACCCUAGUUUACCAAUGCAGAGUGGAACCGGCGCCGGUUUAGCUGUGAAAGCCGCCGACAAGAACGACGGAGACGGUGGCGAUAAGGACGAGCUUGUUCUUCAGGACACUUUUGCUCAAGAGACUGCUGUCAUGGUUGAAGACCCCAAUAUGGUCAAUUAUGUCGAACAAGAAUUGGCAAAGAAGAGGGGCAGGAAAAUUGACAAACCAGAUCAAGUUGAGAGUGAAUUGAAACGUGCUGAAGAUGAACUAUAUAAAAUCCCUGAGCAUCUGAAAGUGAAAAGGCGAAACUCAGAAGAAAGUUCUACUCAGUGGACUACUGGUAUUGCUGAGGUGCAGCUUCCAAUCGAAUACAAGUUAAGAAACAUUGAAGAAACAGAGGCCGCCAAAAAGCUUAUACAGGAAAAGAGGCUCAUGGGUCGGGCAAAAUCAGAGUUCAGCAUUCCUUCGAGUUACAGUGCUGAUUAUUUCCAGCGGGGCAGGGAUUAUGCUGAGAAACUUAGAAGAGAACAUCCGGAGCUGUACAAAGAUAGAAGCUCACAGGAUGAUGGUGCUGGAUCCAAGCAAAACAAUGCAAGUGCUGACACAGCAGGGCAGAGGCAAGCUGCAACUGAUGAAUUCAUGCUAGAGCGAUUCCGGAAGCGAGAACGCCACCGGGUAAUGCGGAGAUGACAUCCAUGUGAAAUAGUGUGGCAUAUUGCCUGGAACAAGGUCCCAAUAAAGUUAGCAGUUCACUCCAACCGGUGUUGAAUAACAUGACAUCUGUGCUUUGCGUCACUUCCUGACUUCCUGGUUAUUCAACACUAUUUAAUAUUGUAUUGCUGCCAACGUAUCAACUCCCUAGCUCUCCAUUCUUUUUUCAUCCACGGACUGCAUGAUGUGGCUGUUUCCAGGUGGCGUAUGCUGUGAGGCAAUAAUAUGUCUGACGGCUGGUCGUUGAUCACAUUCUGUAUGUAAGAUAUAUAUGCUACAUAGACGAUUUUGGCGAAAAAUGGUAGGUGGUGACGGUGCUAAAUGGUUAUUUCAUUUUGGUCCCAAAAAAAAGUUGGUCAGUGGUCACGUUGUUAGUUUAUAUCUUUAUCCUUUUAUUUUGACAAGUAUUGGGCAAUCUCAGUGAAUUGCAUUCGAGUUUGGAAAAGUUGAAUUUCCCUCAUGAAAGGACCAUAUUCCUGGCUUCAA